GCUCCAGUCAGCUGACAGCACAGACUAGGCCUGGCUCAGGAAGGGAAAGGCAUCAUAAACAAAACACACUGCUCUCUUCUCUUCCUCCUCCAGUAAAGCCAUGGAGGGAGAAGACUGAAGCUACUGACUGGGAAGAAAAGAAGGGAGCCUGGGGGCCUGCUGUAGCGAUGUCCAGGAAGCCCAUAAAUGGUCUUGCUGAAAAUGGGCAACACAGUGAGGCUGAGGUGGGAAACGGACACCCAAAUGUGCCAGCACCUGUGCUUGGGACCACUACAGUUGAAGAGAUGGUCCAGCAGAUGAAAGAGCUCAUCACCGAAAACAAUGAGCUUAAAGAGGCCAUGAGGCAACAUAACCAAGCAAUGAAGGAGCGCUUUGAGGAGCUUUCAGCAUGGAGAGAGAAGCUGAAGGAAGAACGCGAGUUUUAUGAAACUAAAUUCAAGGAAGCCAGACAGUGCUUAGCAACAAAAUGUGUUGAGAAUGAAACACUCAAAAAGCAGCUCCAAACUUUUGUAGAAAAGGAAGAAGAACACACAAAUGGAUGUACAGUUUCUAAAAAGGAGAUGGCACAAGAACUGGAGCAGCUGAAGAUGCAAGUGACAAAGCUCCAGGCUGAAAAGGCAGAUCUGGUUGCCAUAAUUUCAGAGCUGCAGCUUAAACUCAACAGUGGCGCUACGGAAGAUUCAUUUGUUGAGAUCAGGAUGCACGAAGAAGUAAAUGGAACAUUAAAGGAAAAUCAGGAUCUUAGUGGUAAAAGAACGGGUGACACAGCCACCUACACGAGGAGCAGAUCUGUGGAUGAAACAAAAAAGUACUUGGAAACUGAAGAGAUAACUGUAAGCCAGCUUCUUCAUUCUCUUCGGAAUGAGACUCAAAGGAGGGAAGCAUUAGAAAAGGAAGUGCAGGAACUAAAGGACAGAGCACUGAAGAUGGAGCGUAAAACCGAUGAGAGGGGCUCUCAGACAGAACCUGAUGAAGAGGAAGCAAAAGUGGGCGAUGAGGUAGAAACUCUAAACCUUCAAGUGUCUACUAUCAGCAGUUUCCCCAAGCUAUAUUUCUAUUACAUGAACUAA